UCUUAUACCAAAACAUGGAGCGCACUUCGAUGAUGUGGUAUUCUUCAAAUUUAAAAAAAAAUGAUUGCUUGUAGUACCAUUGCCGCUACAUUUGCGGAACAGAUCGCUAAUUUAGCAUUUAACUGCCGCUCUAAACCUGAUGAUUGCCUAUAAAGGCUCUGUCUUAUUAUUUUAUAAUGUUGAUCGUUGAGUUCCCAGAUGCAACGUUGGGCUUCGAAUGGUACAAGUGCUCUGGUGGCGAUGACUGCACAAACGCGCAAGAGCACCUGCUGGUAUCUUGUCCGCCAUCAACAACGACGUGCAUUUCAAUCCGCCACACAAGCUCGCCACAAAACUAUUAGAAAUGGGCAAGGGACGCACCAUAUUAUGCAAGAUAUUGUGCUCCAGGGUACUUCAGCCGUGUCUGGAUAGAUGCGCGACAGCGUUCACGUUUUCGGGUGGAAGUGGAUGUCUUAGUGUGCGGCACCACCAAAUGCAACGGAAAAAACGAUAAGCCCUAUCAACCUAAUACGGAUUCCCCUUCACAGAACUCUGGCACAACAACCACCACUCCAGCAACUACAGCUGCUACCGCGUGCAAAUAAACCGAUUUCUUUAAGGCAGGGCGUAAAACGUGGCAGUGGCACCUGCCAGUGGCACUGCCAAUGGCAUGGCGAGCAAUAAAACCUGACGGUCACUUAUUCUCCCGAAUGCCUUAAAUACCACGGCGAGGUGCAGCAUGAACUGAUGCAUGUCAUGGGAUUCGUUCACGAGCAUUCGCGCUCCGACCGUGAUAACUAUGUAACAAUUAUCUGGGACAACAUUGCAAAAAGUGAUGUCGAUCAGUUUGCCAAGCAUGAAGAAGGGAACACGUAUGGAUUGCCAUACGACUACGAAUCAGUUAUGCACUACAAACAUAACGCUUUCGCAAAAAACAGUUCUUUUCCGACUAUUCUGCCGACUGUCAGAAAUUCAAAGAUCGGGCAGAACAAAAACCUUAGUCCGAUGGACGUGGUCAGGAUCAAUCGAAGAUUCCGCUGUGGUGUGCCUGAUCCAGGCAGUUUUAUCGUCAACGAUGGUAACACGAACACGGCUACGGAAUCUACUACGGAAACAAAUAGUGGUAUGGAAACAAAUAGUGAACCCGUCGUCAGCGAAAAUCAGCAGAUUGGAAAGUCUAUCAAGCCCGGAAAUUUUGAUGUGAUCAUGAUUGGGUACGUGUCCUACCUCUCUAUGGCUCAGACAGAAAAGCUUCUCUACCGAUUGCUUGUUAUUUGGAAAAAUAUUUUAAACGAUUACGAAGUUACCGGUCUGAAGAUCAGCAUUGUCAAAAUGACAAAUGUUUUUGAUUUCGGUGGCGCACGUAUUAACAAGGUGUGGUAUCGGCUGACCGGAAACACUGCAUUGUCUUUCAACACUGCCGCUGUCUCUAAGGCCUUCGAGCAGACUGUCGCCGAUGCACAUCUUGGGGAUUUUACAUUCACUUUCGGUGGUGGGUUAUCCUCCAAGUAACGAAAAAUCCUGGUCCUUCAUGGUUACACUGAACUUGAAAAAAGGCACACCCAAACAAUCCACAAUUAAAUUUUAUUAAAUACCGUGACGGCUAACGAGCAGUCUGUAACGGUGCGCGUGCGCCCAAACGUGAACGUUUUGUGUUAUUCAACCUUCCGUCUUAUGUACCUACUUCGAACAGAGUAAAAGCCUCUGAU